UUCAACCUGAGUAGCGUUGAUAUACUUGAUAUUGAUAAAAAUAUAAAUUUAACUAAAAUGUGCUACAUAAAAUCUGUAUAUUAGUGAAGAAGUGGGUUUUUGACAAUUAAAAAAAAUAAAACGAAACCAAAAUGCCGGAGUUAGUAGAGCAGAUGUACUGCUCACAGCAGAUCGUGAUUCCCCCGAAGUUCCCUUACAUAUUGAAGAGGUUCUGUAAAGCGGCAAUCAAAACUCAGCCAUACGAUCUUCUCCGCUGGUCGUUCGAAUACUUCAAGGCCCUGGCUGAAAACCGCCCACCACCAGUCAAGUUGAGGUUGGAAUAUCCCAUCUACAGCACCGAGGGCGGCCUCACUCGCGGAUGCCUCAAGGUCAUCGCUCAUCAGUUGUUGAACUUCGGCAAGAACCUUCCACUCUACCUCAUCAGGAAAGCCUGGCGCGGCUUCUGUCUGGACCCCAACGAGUUGAGGAGGAUCUUCUGUCUCUGUGAGGUCUACAUGAGGCAGGAUUACGUUCCGUUGUUGCAUUUUAUUGCCGUGGCUGGUGGGAUGCUGACUAAGAACCUGACCUACACCAUGAUCCUCCUCUGCGAGGUCCUCACCAAGGAACCAGAUGGCGGUUCAGCUGCCAUUCCUGCUGAUGACUUCCUUGAUAUGUACCUGUUCCUGGCCAGGAUGGACGCUUCCAAGGAUAUUAAAUACCUCAACGGGUAUAGGGAAGGAGAGACUCCUAGAUCGGAAGAGGAGGAGAUAGAAGAAGAAGAGACACUUAGUGAAGCCACUGUUGAUGCAAAAUUGAAGCAGCUAAGUUCAUACAAAGUUCAAGACAAAGCUGAAGAUGAUAAAGCGAAAGAUGAAUAUAUAGAAGAAAAAGAAGAAUUCAAACCGAUCAGAGUGUGGGAUGAGGACGGCAAUGAAAUCUCCUUUGAAUUUUACGGUGAACCUAAAAUCGAAGAAGAGAAUUUAGAAGAAGAAGGGAAAGAAGCAAUAGAAGAGGAAGAGUUGAAACAAGAAGCGGAGAACGAAGAAGAUGUUAUACAAGAACUGAUAGAUGAACUGUACGAGGCGCGUGCGCUAAGACUGGCAGACCUGGAAAUGACCUUCGACGAUAUAGCUCGUAUCGUGGACAGGUUCCAAUUGGCCAGCUAUGAUCUUGGAAUGGUGGCUGGUCGUCAGAUGUCCAUCACCAGCGGAGAGUUCAUUGUGCAGCACAUUGAGAAAGAGAUUAUGGACUAUAUUGAUGAGCAGAUAGCUAUUCUGCCUGACCCUGACUUGAAGAAGAAGAAGGCUAAACCGGAAGAAGUGGAGAUGGUCAGAAAUCUCCUCUACGACUUCCUGGAUGAGAAUAUGGACAUCAUAGUGCCGGAGAUAGAGGAAGUUGAGGAGGAGGAGCUACCUAUUCCUGAGAUCGUGGUGGUAUACGCGGUACCCGGCAUCGGUCCGCCUGUGCCCGAAGAAAUGAUCUGUGAUAUUGAAGAGUACAUAGCUGAUGUCAGCAAGAGCCAAGCUGACUUGGUCAUGCCGAGGAAUUUCAGGCACUUCCUUAGUCCGCCUUUGGAGAAAUUCGAAGAAUACCAAUACGAGGAGAAUAAGAAAGAGGAACUCGCCUGUUCUGGUGUAUUUACGAAUUAAGGCGAAAAGGAACCCGUGCGAAUUCGCCUUUUCAUAGUGCCCAUUUUCCUCUCCGGAUAUCAGGGCAUUUUCACAUAAAAGUGUACCUUUUACUUUUUUUCCAAAAAUCCAUCAAGUUUUUGGUUAUUUCUACUCAGAAUCACGAGGGCUUUCGAUUUAAUAAGAAAAACAUGUGUCCCAAAAAAAUGACAGUUUUGUAACCCAUUUUCACAUACAUUUUGUAUGGACCGUUACAAAACUGACACCCAAAAUUUGUAUGAAAAAUUGGGACACUUUUUAUCUUUGUCUUAUUCAAUUGUACUCGUGAUUCUGGGUCUAAAUAAUCUAAAACUUGAUUGUUUUUCAAAAAUGGGUAAAUUGUAGGUACUUACCAUUUUUUCUGAAAACUCCCAUUAACAUUACUGAAAAUGUCUAAAAAACCACAGCUAUGAUCCUCCAUUUGAUUUUUCCCGAAUUUUGAAUUAUGUUAUAAAAUUUAAAAGCAUUUAAUCCUUUACCUUUACGAGACUGACAUUUCAAAAAUGACAAUCGAAUAUCAGUCCUUACUUAGCAAAAAUAGAACACAUGUUUGAAGUGCCGUAUGUGGGAAAUAUAUAUCCCUUAGCCUGGUAAAGGGUUAAAGAUUUGUAUGAAAUCUGUUUUUCGCUAAUAUUUUUACAAUAAUCAAACAAUCGAAAAGUCGAACGUACGAUAGCUAUUGGCUCCUCUACACGAUGGGCCAACGCCGGCCAAUCCAAGGGACGCAUUUAUGCGUUAGAGGGAGCAAGUGAUAUUGCUAUCUCAUUCUACCGCAUGGCUGCGUCCCUUGGAGUGGCCGGCGUUGGGCCAUCGUGUAGAGGAGCCAUAUGGUUAAAUACAUCAAAUUAUGUAAAAAUAUGUUCCAUAAUGUCAAUAUACAGAGAGGAAAAUGGGCACUAUGUUUGUAUGGCGAUGCGGUCGUUCCCUUUCCUUUUAUAAAUUUUGUAUUUUAGUCACUGUAGUCUGUAUAGUUGUUGAUGCACUAUAAUACCUAAUAUACAUACAUACAUACAUUAUUUGGCUCAGUGACCCAAAGAGGAUCUUAAUACCUAAUAUAGAUACUUAAUAGUUGAUUAUAUUCUUUACUUAAUA